GGAGAGAGAAAAAGCAAUAGCAAAGAGAGAGAGGGAGAGAGAAGAGCUAUGAUUCAGGAACGGAAAGUAUAUGAAAGGAUUUGGAGGAAGACAAGUCUUUUUUGCAGGCGGAGAAUUGAUGACCACACUCUCUUCCUCCUUCUCGUAUCUUCUCUGGGCAACUAAAGAAAAAAGUCUCUCAGAGGAUAUCCAGAAAAGGGUAGUGCUCGGGCAGAAGCUUCAUCGCCGGCGGUGGUAGGGCCGGUGAUGGAUCUAUUAAUUUUCUCCCUUUUCUCUCUCAUCGUCAUCUUCACCAUGUGAUCAACUUUAAGUUUACUUUACUUUACCUUACCAAAGCAGUAAUUAAGUGAAGAAGGUGUAGAAGGAAAGGAGAGAGAAAUGGAUUAUGGAGAACAUGAAGAGCAGGAAGAGGAGAUGGGAAGAUUACCUGUAUCAGCGAGUUACGAAUCGUUGGGGAACUCGUCGAGACCCAAAAUGGGAAGUGAAGCCGUAUUGUCGGGGAGAAAAACGGGGAACCGGUACCGGGAGUGUUUGAAGAACCAUGCGGUGGGUAUCGGUGGACACGCCUUAGAUGGAUGCGGUGAGUUUAUGGCGGCAGGAGAAGAAGGUACCCUAGAUGCACUAAAAUGCGCAGCGUGUAACUGUCACCGAAACUUCCACCGUAAGGAAACGGAUGGAGGAGGAGGAGGAGGAGGAGCAGGGCCCUACCAUCAACACCACCAAUUCAACCCUUACUACCGUACUCCCACAGGGUACUUGACGGUGGCACCGCAUCAUCAUCGGCCGUUGGCGUUGCCGUCGACAUCAGGAGGAGGAGGAGGAGGAAAUAGUAGGGAGGAUCAGGAGGACAUGUCAAAUCCCAGCGGAGGAAGCGGUGGCGUUGGUGGUGGCGGUGGUGGGUCGAAGAAGAGGUUCAGGACGAAAUUUACACAGGAGCAGAAGGAUAAGAUGCUGGCGUUUGCUGAGAGAGUUGGGUGGAGGAUUCAGAAGCACGAUGAGGCCGCUGUGCAGCAGUUUUGUAACGAGACAAGUGUCAAGCGCCACGUACUCAAGGUUUGGAUGCACAACAACAAGCACACUCUUGGAACAAGAAGGCCGGAGAACAACAACACACACCAGUACCAACAAGAUGAACAAGAACAACUAGGUGAACGAGAAGCACUAUAAAGAAUUAUAUCUACCCUUGUUCCCACGAGAUGGAUGAUCUUUCUUUUUUGGGGGA